AUGAACAAUCUGAUUGAUGAUGAAGAUGACGAUUCAAUAUUUGAUGAUAUUGAACAUCGUCAUGAAAAUGAUGCAACAAAUUCUUCAAAUAUAAUGGCAGCAACAACAUUAAUUGAUGAUAAAUGGGCAUGUUCAGUAUGUACAUAUUUAAAUUUUGCUGUUGCACCAAAAUGUACUAUGUGUCGACAACCUAAAAUAACAACAAUAUAUGCAGCAGCAGCAGAUAUUUAUCAAUUAAACGCAUCAUCAGAAUCUAAUGCACAACAAGAACAAGCACAACAACAAAUACCAGCAACAUAUAUUGAUUCCGUUGAAAAAUGGCCAUGUGAUCAAUGUACAUUUCUUAAUUAUCCAAGAGCUAUACGUUGUACACAAUGUGGAUCAUAUCGUCUUAUUGGAACAUCACGUUUUUCACCUGUUCAACCAUCAAUUGAUACAAAUACUAAUGAACGAAUUUCACCACCACCAUCAAGCGCUGAUACUCGUCUUGUUUCUCAACGAUUAAAAAAAUGGACUUGUACUCGAUGUACAACUGAUAAUUAUCCAGCAACAAAAAAAUGUAUAUCAUGUGGAAGUUCUCGUCAUAAUAGUACAAAUAAUCCUAAUCCAAUAAUAUCAACACCAACAUGUUCAUCAACUCUAAUUGGUACAGAUGAAGAACAACGUAUGAAUGCAAUAAAUAAAUCCAUGGAAAAUAUUAAUGUUGAAAGAGUAUCGAAUAAAGAAAGUAAACAUAAUCGUAUAAGUGUUGAAAAACGUUUAAUAACAAAUAAAAGAAAUUCAUCAUCAGCAACAUCUGAUCGUUUAUGGUUAAAAGCAUGUCAAACAUUACUUGAUCAAGGUUCAUUAACUGUUGUUUUUGAAUAUUUACUUUGUGGCGGUGAUCCAACACGACAAAUAACAAUUGAAGAUAGUCAAUAUCUUAAUUGUUCAUAUUUACCAUCAAUUGAUGUUGUUGGACGUACAUUAAAAAAUUUAGCUAAUAUAACUGGACAAAUCGAACAAUUUUGUAAAUUUGAAACAGCAUUUCAACAAUUAAUGAGACAACAAAAAAAACUACCACAUCAACGACGUGUACCAGCUAAUAUAUGUAAUCGAAUAAAUCGAAUGAUUCAACAUUUUUUUCAUAGUCAUUUAAAAUUAAAAAAAGUUGCCGAUUUUCGAUCAUAUGUUUUAACAGAAUGGUUUACAGCUGUUUUACCAGCCGAAAUUCUUGAUUUUUCUCAUCGAACACAACAACAAAUAUUUGAUGAUAUUUUAGAUCAACAAGUUCAACAAGAACUUGAAGUUGACAAUCGAAUAAUAAAUUGGAAUAGUGAAGUAACCAAUCGAUUUCAUUCUCGUUUAUAUGCAUUAUGGAAUCGAAAAAACGGUGAUUGUUUAUUAGAUAGUGUUUUACAAGUUUGUCUUGGAGUAUGGGAUACAGAGAAUACAUUACGUCGAGCAAUGGCCGAAUGUUUAGAAAACGGUUCAAAUAAAUUUUUUGAACGAUGGAGUGAAUACGAACGAUUAGUUGCUGAAAAACAACAAUAUAGACAAGAUGAACAUCAAUUACGAAGUGAUUGGAAUGAUGUAUUAACAUUUGCAAAUCAACCUGGUGAAAGUUUAGGACAUGCACAUAUCUUUGCAUUAUCACAUAUACUUCGUCGACCAAUUAUUGUUUAUGGUGUAACAAAUGUUAAAUCUUAUCGUGGUGAAUAUUUUAUUGGUCUUGCUCGUUUUCAAGGUGUCUAUUUACCAUUACUUUGGGAAAUAAAUUUUUGUUCAAAAUCACCUAUAUGUCUUGGUUUUACACGUAAUCAUUUUUCUGCUCUUGUACCUAUGCAAGAACGUAUUCAUAUAACAUCAUCAUCAUCUCGUUCAUCAUCACCAUUAAUUCAUAAUCAUGAUAAUGAUAUUCAACGACCGUCACCAUCUUUAUCACCAUCAUUUAUAAAUCAACAACAACAACAACAGAAUGAUACCAGUGAUAUACAAACAUUUUAUCAUCCAUUAAUGGAUUGUGAUGGAAAUCUUUUACCUGUUCAUUUUCUAACAUCAUCUGAAAUUGGACAUGAACAAGCUAUUCUUCAUCAAUGGCUUGAUUGCGGUUUUACAAAUAAUGGUUUAUUAGUAGCUAAACAAAAAGUUGGAAAACGUCCUCAGGUGUGUCAACAGUCACUCGAUGCAUGGCUUAAUCUUUAUUCGUCGAACAGUGGUGCUCGUCGAAUUGAUUCAUCAUCGAGAUAG